GUGGAUUGGAGCGGGUAAACAAUCACCUCGAGUUCCCAAACCAAUCAUCGAUGGCAGAGACGUGGGCGAGCUUCAGAGCCAUGAAUCAAUCUCUUGUCACAAUCAGGUCACAGAUAAAAGCGACCGCGUUUCCAUGCAGAACAUCACCGUGUGUGGCCGAGGACCAGUCAGCUAGCGCACAGAGAGGACAUGGCGACAGCCGCGCAUCGUAUCCUGCUCUACCUAACCAACCUGGCCCUGGCCGUCCACUCCAUGUCGGUUCUACCCCUCCAUCAGAGUGGUAUGUAGAACAUAACAGCACCCCGUCAGAUAUUUACGAAAUCAAAGCCCAGCUACACAUGUCUGAAGAAAGCCAGCUUCCAAUGCUGAACAUCACAUGGGUCCUCAAUGACGAUGGAAGCAUUCAAGUACUUGAAGCAACAGUGAUCUGCAUUGAGAACAUCCUGUUUUGUCUUCAGUGUAAUUAUGAUGAAUCAUUCACAAGUAUUCGCAAUCCUCAAAAUCAACGGUGGCAUUUCCAUUACAUGGACUAUCCUGUUGAUCCAAACAUCUUCUACACAGUGAGUGCUUACAGCAUUCCAACAGCAAAUAUUAACGAAGAUGCACCUACGAAAUCUGCAUCAUUUGUGUCACCCGGUUGUGAUGAUGCGACAAUGCGAAACCACAAAUACUGUGAAGAUUACCUCUGGCAGUCAAAUGUAUCUGCGUGUUUGGCCAAUACCGACGUGGUGAUCAAUUUUACCACAAAUGCAAACUCUUUAAGAUAUGAUGUGAGACUGACCAAGUGCGAUGACUACUUAUCAGCAAUGCUUAAUCACACCAAAGUUUUUCAGGCAAAAGUGCUGGAGAAACUCAGCUGGUGCAGCAGCAUCUAUGGAGCGAAGGAAAUGGGCAACGUUUUGGACCAAAACCCUUCUUCAGACUUCAAAAUCAUUUCUUCCAUCCAAUCAAAUGAAUCCAGAAUCUCAAUUACAUUUAUGAGGAACACCGGACUCAAUCUGUCUGAGAAGUUUUGUGUUGGUAUAAAACCAUACUACCAUCAUUGUAGUAAUUUGUGUACUGUACAUGAAAAGCUGCUUCAACCUUGUACAACCGUUGAAAGAACAGACAACGAAGGCAAUGGAUAUUUCCUUAUCUUAAUUGGACUGUGUGCAGUCCUUUUUGUUUUGGCAUGUGGGCUGUUUUUAAUUUGUAAACGAGUAAUGAAGUCGAGAGCCAAGAGUCAAAGGGCGAGAGAUUUUAACUGUCAUAUGUUCCGAAAACCGAACAGCGAAGUUCUCACUUGCAGCAGUGUGACAGGCCAAGCGGAUGAGAAGAAGGCAUCCAUCGCUGUUGCUGAGCCGUUGCAACCCAUUACAGUCCUCAUCAUUUACUCUGCAGACAAUGAACUCUUCCAAACUGUGGUGGGGGCUUUUGCUGACUUCCUGCACAGUGUGAAUGGAAUCCAGGUAGUUGUGGACAUCUGGCAAAGCAGAAGCGUCGCAGAAAUGGGCCCUGCUCAGUGGCUCACCGUCCAGAGAGACAAAGCUGACAAGAUCAUUAUCAUCAUCUCCAGCAGUGCCAGAGAGAGAUCGAGUUACUCAGGGGACAUGUAUUCCAUGGCCUUAAAUAUAUUUUGUAGUGAUUUGCAAAAAUACUCUCAUCUGCACAAGUAUUGCAUUGUCUAUUUUGAUGCUAUAAGUUCAGCCAAAGAUAUACCCAGCAUUUAUUGUCCUUGUCUGAAGUUCUGCCUUGAGAAAGACAUAAAUAAGCUUCUCAGACAUCUACACGGCCCUUCACGUGGAACACACAGUAAACGUCCCACUCAAUGGCCAGCUUACACACACAGGGUCUCAUACAAUCACAAGAUGGAAAAUGUGAUCCUGAAAAUUAAAGACAUGCAGAAUGCCCAGCCAGCUUCCAAUAUUCAUGGAUAGGUGACGUUUCACAGAGUGCUGGAGUAACUAAGCGGGUCAGGCAGCAUCUCUGGAGAACAUGGAUAGGUGACGUUUUGGAUCGGGACCCUACUUCAAACCUGAUGUUCUCCAGUAAGCAGAUCUGUCCAGUAAGCAGAAGACAGACGUGUCCCAACGUGAAACGUCACCUAUCCAUGUUCUCCAGAGAUGCUGCCUGACCCGCCGAGUUACUCCAGCACUCUAUGCUCUUUUGUGUAAACUAGCACCUGCGGUUCCUUGUUCCUCCACACUGCACGCGCAAUGCAGCCUCAUUCUGCAGUACUUUUCCUCAGGCCCUUCCUCUUCACUUGAGAAUACCCUGGUUAUGUAAUCAUUGAAGUGUAAAAUAUUUUAUUAAGUAAAAGAUUAGCUUGACUUUUUUGGGUUCUGAAUAAACUGAAGUUUUAUAAUUCUGUACUGUAGAGGAGCCGUGGUAAUCAAGAAGCCUGCAUGCAAAGCUUUUCUGAUAGUGCUUCCUAUUAUGCCCAUGGAAAAAACACUGAACAAUAGUGGGAGAGGAUGUGUUUCCUGGGGACUUGGAAAUUGGGUAAACAGAAAUCUUCUGUGGAUAGCUGAUAUUGAUGUUUAAGGCGAAUUGCAAAUGUUGGGCUUUUGACUAAGUUCCUGUUGUUUAGGGGUUUUGUAACUAAAGUUUGUUAUUGAUACAACCACAGUAGGACAAAUAUUGUAUUUGUGACAAGUAUAAUUUGAAUGGGUGCAGCCUGUAAAUUAUUUGUGUUAAACGUCAUUGCUGCAACUUUGUAUAAACAUGUGACUAUGUUUCCAAAAUAGUAUAAAAUAUGCUGUAUGUCUUUGUUCAUUUGAGUGGUGGCUCAGGAGAGUUAAGUGUCUGUUGCAUACUUGACUCUGUAUCCCUGACACUCGCUGGCUGAUGAUCAGUAAAGCUUGAAUUGGUUUACCUAACC